UGUGGAGGUCACGGGAGAGGUUUCCUUUUCUCACUUCCUGGUUUAUACAGUAUUACAUUUAUAUACAUAUUGAGAACUAAGAAACAACGUGGACGUAAUGGCGUGUUUACACGUAAUUCUGUUUAUCACAGUUCUUGUAGAUGCCGUGUCGUCUGCAGUCUACUGCUCCUUUAAGAAAUACUCCACUAACUUCAAUUACUACUACUCUAACUACAAACAGUCCACGACCUACUACAUCCAAGUUUGUGGUGACUAUUGCUCCUACAACUCAUGUGGAGACAGCUACAGUCAAGUAUCCACUUCUUACGCAUACACUGCUUCCUUAGUUGGAGUAAUCAUCGGAUCGGUGUUGGGGAUUAUUGUGUUGGGCGUUUCAGUUGGAGUGGCAUGCUACUGCGGUCGGGUGAAGAGAGGGAGCCCGGGGCAGAUCCUCAACCCCGUCGUCACAUCUACCAUACCGUACACACCCACGCCUGAUAUGGGACACCCCUCUGGAAGUCCUGGUGUCGGAGUAAUUAGUACCCCUCCCUACCCGGUGACAUCAGACAAUACAACUGUGGCAUCCAAGAAUGACGACAUCCCCACUUCCACCAUAUAGAGAUGAAAGUGGAAUCAGCUUCAAUACUUAUAAUCAUAACAUGAAAAAUAAUGCCUAUAAACAAACCCGGUUACUUACAAUUAUGACUAGGCUGAAGCUAGCAGCCACUAACCUGCAGCCAAUAAGGCCAUAGAAGCUAGCAGCCAAUAUGAAAGUUCAUCAAAGUACUGCGAGUUUUCAGACGGAAUACUAAAAUGUAACACAUAAUAAAUCAAAGUUAAUAAUUUUUCAACAGUUAAUCAAUAAAUCGUCUGAAACUCACAGUACUUUGAUGAACUUUCUCAUUGGCUGCUACCAUCUAUGGCCUUAUUGGCUGUUGGUUAGUGGCUGCUAGCUUAAGCCUAGUACAAUUAUGAUUAUGAGAAAAUCCUUGCCGAGCCUUGGAAAUAAGGGUGAUACUUAGAAUUGCUAAUUUAUAUUAGCUGUUACGAUAAGCAUUUAAUUUAGGGUAUUCUGCAGCUUUGAAAUUUCAUAAUGCUAGAUAGUCAUCAAAUUUCGUCCAGUAAGUAUUCGAGAAGCAUUUAUUUUGCUUUGAAUUAGCUUUGAGCCCGCUUAUCACUCCAUCAUCUCAUAUGUACAGAGAUGUAUAUAGGGAGGAAUGUUGAUCAUCACACCUUGAGUCAGCAAAAUUACAGUGACUGGUCAAGAUUGACAAUCCAGCCGCCUAAUGGAGUUUAGUUUCUGGUUGUUAUUUGACCACUACCUGAUAGCAGCUUUAUGGAUACCAGGACAUGCCCACUUACUUGUGGGCCGCACGUCUUGGAGACAAGCCUUCAAUCAGUCCCUGUAGCCUAGCCUAAAAUCUGUUAGCACUCGGUGAAUGUGUGUCGGCGCCAGAAGGCACUGCAUAGGACUUGUCAAAACUAACAGACUGGUAUUUAUGUAGAAUGUGGCCCCAACGCAUAUGUAUUUGCAUUUUACAGUGAUUAUGUAUGAAUGUACAUGUGUUAAUAUACAGAGGACUAAAAUAGGCUGUGCCUGCUGCUUAAUCCUAUUCAUUUUGUGUAUAAGAUAUUGUUUGAAUAAAUAGAAAUAUCAGUUCACUAAAA